CAACUUGAAAAGUUUUAUUUAAAAAUAAAUAAGCUAGGGCUAGGCUAGAUAGGCUAUUCAUAACCUUGUUUACACAACCACAGUCAGACUGUAUUAUAAAUUAAACUAGAGAAACACGAGAAAAAUUUAAAAGAUUUUUGUUCAUAUUUGGUAAUGCCAAAAAAAAAACCCACAAUGGGAGCAGACCUAGGCUAUAUAACAAUCUGAUAUUCACAAUAUGGCAUGCUUAUCUGUAUGAAGAUCAGCAAGUUCGGGGAAGCUUUCCCCGAGUCGUGUGGUGAUUUCUUCGUAAUUUUUCCUCUUAAGACCCUUUUUCUUAAAACUAUCAUGCUUAUGGUCCCAUAAGCAUCGUCUCUCCCUCAUAUCUUCAACCAAAAACUGUUCUGCCAAUCUUGUCCACUGUACCAAGAACUCUAUCUUGCAUCUGAUGACUUGAAAUGCGCGCUCUCUGAGAUAUACACAAAGUCGAUGGUAGCGAUGGGUUGAAUUCGAUCGGUACUGUUUUCAAAAUUUGUGACGACGAAACCAGAAAAUCGUUGUCAAAACAUGAAAAGUCGACGUCAAAUUCAAAAGUCGACGGAAAUUUUGCUAGUGUGACAGCGCCUUAAGGGUCUAUUAGAAUCCAGCAUAUGGAGUCACGAAUUUCGGGGUUGUGGCGGGGGAGCUUUUCCCUCCAGGUUGGUACACAGCGUCCAAGGUUAGGUUAGGUUAAAGAUAAGCCAGGUCAGGUCACUGUACCCCCCUUACUUCCUACCUAUCUACAGAUUUGCCAACCAGACCUACAACAGCCUUGACCCGUUUAUAGACUCUGCAGUCGCCCCCAGGACUGUAUGUUCUCAAGGCUUAUUGUUAGAUAUGCAAGUAGGAAAAGAUUUUCCUUGCCCAGUGUCAACUUUAAAUACGCUGAAACAGAAGUUCAAAAUGAGGAGGAAAAGCGUCUACCCCCAGUAUAUCCAUUUGAGGAGGACAGGCAAGAAAGAAGAGGAGUCAAGAGUAGAUUUAAAAAAGAAAAAUCAAAUGGCAAAUCAAAUAAAGAAUCUCUAGGUAUAUUAGCAUCUCGUAAUUUAAUUGGUGAGAAACAAGUAAGUAAUAAAUUGAGCAAAAAUAUGAAAUUUGAAGGAAAGUACAAGAGCUUUAAUACAUCCGUGAAACGAAAAACUGGUGCAGGUUUUGAACCUGAGGGCGAACUGAUUUUUGGCAUUCAUCCAGUGUUUCAUGCUUUACAAGCUCAGCGUCGUAAGUUUAACCACCUCUAUUAUAAAGCUGGAUUAGAGGAUAAGAAUGUUAAAAUUCGGGAGAUACUGAAAUUGGCUGGUGAUAAUCAUUUACAAGUGGAGGCUGUCAAUUUGUCACAACUCACAAAAAUCAUUGGUGAAGAUCGAGUGCAUCAAGGGAUCUGUUGUGAUGUCAGCCCUCUGCCUUUUGAGAAACUUGAAGUUGAUUUGUCUAAUACAAGUGAUGAAGAAUCUUGUAAAUUGUGGCUGUACAUGGAUAGAAUUCAAGAUCCUAUGAACUUUGGUGCUAUUUUAAGAUCAGCUUACUUUAUGGGUGUGGACAAAGUGAUCACUUCUAAAGAAAAUAGUUGUCGACUCACUGGGAUUGUAAGCAAAGCAAGUGCGGGGGCAGCAGAAAUGCUCCCUGUGUAUCAGGUUGAUGACCUCAGGGGUUUCCUUCAAGAAUUAGUUAACCAGGAAUGGAAUCUAGUGUGUGCAGCUCCUCAGAGUACAUCGUCAGUCUCCUUAAGUACAUACAUGCCAAAUGGAAAUACAGUGAUAGCUGUAGGUAACGAGGGCUAUGGGAUUACUCCUGAACUUCGAGACUUGUUUAAAACUACCAUUGCUAUUCAGCCUGGUCGGGUAUUGCAGACUGGCAUGGACUCGCUCAAUGUAUCUGUAGCCACUGCAGUGAUCUUGCAUGAUAUGACAUCAAAAAUUUCUGCGCUAAAUACUAAGAACAAUGCAAAGAGGUGAUUAUUUUGUAUAGUUAUUGUAAAUAAAGAUCUGCAUUUAUGUUU